AUAUCUGGGAAGUUUCUAAACAGAUAGCAACGGAAGUAACGAACAACGGAAAAAAAAUGUGUUCUUCAUCGCUAUGCUCUCUUCAAACGCUCCCGCCAAUAUCUUACGCCACAACGCUAAACCGCCGCCAGAAACUGCCACUACCGGCGCACCAUAGCAUCGCCGGCGCACGGCGGCGAACGCUAUACGUAGAAUGCGCUGAAAGAAACAGCAGAAGUUCGACACGAAGCACAGAUGAUUACCAUGCCACUCUCAAAGCUCUCAACUCCAAAGGCAGAUUCCCCAGAAAAUCUCUUGGCCAGCAUUACAUGUUGAACUCAGACAUAAAUGAGCAACUUGCUGGCGCGGCUGGUGUUGAAGAAGGUGAUGUGGUGUUGGAAAUUGGGCCUGGAACUGGUUCCUUGACUAAUGUUCUUCUUAAUUCUGGUGCAUUUGUUCUUGCUGUUGAGAAGGAUAAACACAUGGCUGCCCUCGUAAAUGAAAGAUUUUCCAGUACGGGAAAGUUGAAGGUUUUGACUGAGGAUAUUGUCAAAUGUCAUGUGCGCUCUCAUAUGUCAUCAUUUGUUGGAAGCAUAAAGGAAACAGAUCCAGAAACCAGAAAUGCAAAAGUGGUUGCAAACAUUCCCUUUAAUAUCAGUACAGAUGUGAUCAAACUACUUCUUCCAAUGGGUGACAUUUUCUCAGAAGUGGUUCUAUUGCUCCAGGAGGAGACCGCCAUGCGCUUGGUAGAGUCAUCACUCCGGACCCCCGAGUAUCGUCCCAUCAAUGUAUUUGUUAAUUUCUACUCAGAUCCAGAGUACAAAUUUAAAGUCCCAAGAACAAAUUUCUUCCCUCAGCCUAAUGUUGAUGCGGCCGUGGUCUCAUUCAAGUUGAAGCUACCAUCAGAAUAUCCCCAAGUUUCUUGCAGUAAAAGCUUCUUCUCAAUGGUUAAUUCAGCUUUCAAUGAGAAGCGUAAGAUGCUUCGCAAGUCACUUCAGCACAUAUCCGCAUCCCUUGAGAUCGAAGAAGCUUUAACAAGCAUAGGUCUUCUAGCUACUUCAAGACCUGAGGAACUAACAUUGGAUGAUUUUGUAAAGUUGCAUAACUUGAUUGCCAAAGAGUAGCAAUCUGAAUUACUAUGAAAUUGAAGAGCAACCACAAGCAGAAGAAGGCUAGGAGAUUCAGAUAUUCAUAAGGCUCCUCGUUGCAGAAGUAUAUGAUUCAAAUUGAGAAUCAAAGUUCUAAGGAGAGCUAUGCUAUGGCAUUUCAGGUUGGGGACAUACUAGAUUCCCAGCAGUUUUCUUCAUCUGAUGGAUGUUUCAAGAAUAUGGGCAUGUUCAUAUCUGAAAGAAAUAUUGCAGGUUCAAACCAUUAUAUCCAUUCAGAGAAAUAUACCUAGACUGGAUUCUCCCCUGUGCAAUCUACAUUCUUGUAAAGAACACUGCUAUCAGAGGCAGUGUACUAGACUGAAAUCACACCAGACUUAGUCUGUAAAUAAAGAACAAUCUAUUCCUGAAGCUGAAACAGUUGCUUACCUCAUCAUAAAGGGAAAAUUAUUAUAUGUU